AUGGACCGCCCUGCCGGCGCAUCGUACCAGCGCUUCCCCCGCGUUCGGAUCCGCGACCUCAAGGACGACUACGCCAAGUUCGAGCUCCGCGACACCGACGCCAGCAUGGCCAAUGCCCUCCGCCGCGUCAUGAUCGCCGAGGUCCCAACCGUCGCCAUCGAUCUCGUCGAGAUCGAGGUUAACUCCUCCGUCCUCAACGACGAGUUCAUCGCCCACCGCCUGGGGCUCAUCCCGCUCACUUCCGCCGCCGCCAUGCAAAUGCGCUUCUCUCGGGACUGCGACGCUUGCGACGGCGACGGCUCCUGCGAGUACUGCUCCGUCGAGUUUCACCUCGCCGCGCGCGCCACCGACUCCGACCAGACGCUCGAGGUCACAUCCAACGACCUGAGGUCCAUGGAUCCCAAGAGUGGUGUAGAUAUUCUAGUUCCUUCAGUGUUCCUAGCAACCGUGGCCUACCUUCUGGGCAUACUUAUUGUAAAGCUGCGUCGGGGGCAAGAACUAAGGCUUCGUGCCAUUGCUAGGAAAGGAAUUGGCAAGGACCAUGCCAAAUGGUCACCAGCUGCUACCGUGACUUUCAUGUAUGAGCCUGACAUACGUAUCAAUGAAGAACUAAUGGAAACAUUGACAGUGGAAGAGAGAAGAAGCUUGAUCGAAAGCAGCCCUACAAAAGUAUUUAAGCUUGAUUCUGCUAAUCAGGUAGUGGUGGACAAUGCUGAGGCAUACACCUAUGAUGAUGAGGUGAUCAAGCACGCUGAGGCCAUGGGAAAGCCAGGCUUAGUUGAGAUCAAUGCGAAGGAGGACAGCUUCAUCUUCACUGUAGAAACAACCGGCGCCAUCACAGCCUAUGAGCUGAUCAUGAACGCAAUCACGGUCCUGAGGCAGAAGCUGGAUGCUGUCCGCCUUCAGGACGAUGAUGGUGACCUUGGCGAGCUCGGCGCCCACCUUGGGGGGCCUUAG